GGUGACCGGCGCCUUCCUGCAGACCCCGGUGGGUGGGACUCCCUCUGGCCUCCGGGGAGCUGCGAUAGGGUUACAUGUUGUUGAUGGAAAAGUGGCAAUUCAGAGGGGGAAAGCUAAAAGCUUGCCCGGUCGCCGAAAGCCCCCUCUCAGGUCUCAGCCGAAAACAAUGCGAAUGCCUAGCGUCGUGCCUGGGGCGCAGCGGCGGACGCGGGCGCUAAACCUGGGAGUGAGCGGUCGUUGCCCCCAGCGCCGGGGUGACUGAGCUGCCGAGGACGUGGACCAGCGGGAGGGGGAGCGGCCCUCUCGGUGUUCGUGUGGGCGUGGCGGGGCCGGAGGCCGGACGGUGCCAGCGCGGAACCACCCCGGCGAAGGUGGGCGAGCAGCGGUCCCCGCUGCGCUGUCGGGGACCCGGAGCCAGAGCGGCCGGCGGGAGCGAGGAGCUAGCCGGAACUUGUAGCAGCAUCUGAGUCCUGGCGAAAGCCGGACUGCCUGUCCGUUGGACCAAUACUGCCACCUGCUGGUUUUACUUGAGAACUCCAACGACCCUUUGCGAGAAUGGGCUUCGCGGAUAUUCUAAGCGAGUCGUGGCACCAGGAAGAUGCAUUUUCCACCCGGGACAGAGAUGACAACCUGUUAAAGAAUAGUGGCUGCAAACAGAUUUGUUUCUCUGUUUACAUGACUGUAUUUGUUGGUUCAACUUGAAACAGUCUUGAUAACUACACCAGGCUUCACCACAUGCGAGUUCAGAUCCGAUUCUCCACUGCGCAGGUGGUACAGGGCCAGUCAAGUGGCCUCUGGGGCCUGACUGUCUCAUUUUCCAGAACUAUGGGGACUUCCCAUUGGGCACUCCUGGUCUUAGGCUGUCUCCUCACAGGGCCGAGCCUCAUCCUCUGCCAGCUUUCAUUACCCUCCAUCCUGCCCAAUGAAAACGAGAGGGUUGUGCAGCUGAAUUCAUCCUUUUCUCUGAGAUGCUUUGGGGAGAGUGAAGUGAGCUGGCAGUACCCCAUGUCUGAAGAAGAGAACCCCAAUGUGGAAAUCAGAAACGAGGAGAACAACAGUGGCCUUUUUGUGACGGUGCUGGAAGUGGUCAGUGCCUCGGCGGCCCACACAGGGCUGUACACUUGCUAUUACAACCACACGCAGUUGGAAGAAAGUGAGAUCGAGGGCAGACGCAUUUACAUCUAUGUGCCAGACCCAGAUGUCGCCUUCGUACCUCUAGGAAUGACAGAUUACUUGGUCAUCGUGGAGGACGAUGAUUCUGCCAUUAUUCCUUGUCGAACGACUGAUCCUGAGACACCAGUGAUCUUACUCAGCAGUGACGGGGUGGUGCACGCCUCCUAUGACAGCAGACAAGGCUUUAAUGGAACCUUCACUGUCGGACCCUAUAUCUGCGAGGCCACCGUCAGGGGGAAGAAGUUCCAGACCAUCCCAUUCAAUGUUUAUGCUUUAAAAGCAACAUCAGAACUUGAUCUGGAAAUGGAAGCUCUUAAAACUGUAUAUAAGGCAGGGGAAUCGAUUGUGGUCACCUGCGCCGUCUUUAACAAUGAGGUUGUGGACCUUCAGUGGACUUACCCUGGACAAGUGAAAGGCAAAGGCAUCACAAUGCUGGAGGAAACCAAGGUCCCGUCCAUCAAGUUGGUGUACACUCUGAUGGUCCCCGAGGCCACGGUGAAAGAUAGCGGAGAUUACGAAUGUGCUGCCCGCCAGGCCACCAAGGAGGUCAAAGAAAUGAAGAAAGUCACCAUUUCUGUGCAUGAGAAAGGGUUUAUUGAAAUCAAACCCAACUUCAGCCCGUUGGAAGCUGUCAACCUGCAUGAAGUCAAACAUUUUGUGGUGGACGUGCAGGCCUACCCCCCUCCCAGGAUAGCCUGGCUGAAGGACAACCUGACUCUGAUUGAGAAUCUCACGGAGAUCACCACUGACAUAGAAAAGAUUCAGGAAAUAAGGUAUCGAAGCAAAUUAAAGCUGAUCCGAGCUAAGGAAGAAGACAGCGGCCAUUAUACUAUUGUAGUUCAAAAUGAAGACGAUGUGAAGAGCUAUACUUUUGAACUCUUAACUCAAGUUCCGUCAUCCAUUCUGGACUUGGUCGACGACCACCAUGGCUCUAAUGGGGGCCAGACAGUGAGAUGCACAGCUGAAGGAACCCCUCUUCCUGAUAUUGAGUGGAUGAUUUGCAAAGAUAUUAAGAAAUGUAAUAACGAAACUUCAUGGACGAUUUUGGCCAACAAUGUCUCAAACAUCAUCACGGAGGUCCACCCCCGAGACAGGAGCAUGGUGGAGGGCCAAGUGACAUUCGCCAAAGUGGAGGAGACCAUUGCAGUCCGAUGCCUGGCUAAGAAUCUCCUCGGGGUGGAGAGCCGAGAACUGAAGUUGGUGGCUCCCACUCUGCGUUCUGAACUCACGGUGGCGGCCGCAGUCUUGGUGUUGCUGGUGAUCGUGAUCAUCUCACUCAUUGUCCUGGUUGUCAUUUGGAAACAGAAACCAAGGUAUGAAAUUCGUUGGAGGGUCAUUGAAUCAAUCAGCCCCGAUGGACAUGAAUAUAUUUAUGUGGACCCGAUGCAACUGCCUUAUGACUCGAGAUGGGAGUUUCCAAGAGAUGGACUAGUGCUUGGUCGUAUCCUGGGCUCUGGCGCAUUUGGGAAAGUGGUUGAAGGAACUGCCUAUGGAUUAAGUCGGUCCCAACCUGUCAUGAAAGUAGCAGUGAAGAUGCUAAAACCCACAGCCAGAUCCAGUGAAAAACAAGCUCUCAUGUCUGAACUGAAGAUAAUGACCCACCUGGGGCCGCAUUUAAACAUUGUGAACUUGCUGGGAGCCUGCACCAAGUCAGGCCCCAUUUACAUCAUCACUGAGUACUGCUUCUAUGGGGAUCUGGUCAACUAUUUGCAUAAGAAUAGGGACAGCUUCUUGAGCCGCCACCCAGAGAAGCCAAAGAAAGAGCUGGACAUUUUUGGAUUGAACCCUGCUGACGAAAGCACACGAAGUUACGUUAUUUUAUCUUUUGAAAAUAACGGUGACUACAUGGACAUGAAGCAAGCUGACACUACACAGUAUGUCCCCAUGCUGGAAAGGAAAGAGGUUUCUAAGUACUCAGACAUCCAGAGAGCGCUGUACGAUCGCCCAGCCUCAUAUAAGAAGAAAUCCAUGUUAGACUCAGAAGUCAAAAACCUCCUUUCGGAUGAUAACUCAGAAGGCCUUACUUUGUUGGAUUUGUUGAGCUUUACGUAUCAAGUUGCCCGAGGAAUGGAGUUUUUGGCUUCGAAAAAUUGUGUCCACCGGGACCUGGCCGCUCGCAAUGUCCUCCUGGCGCAAGGGAAAAUCGUGAAGAUCUGUGACUUUGGCCUGGCCAGAGACAUCAUGCAUGAUUCGAACUACGUGUCAAAAGGCAGCACCUUUCUCCCGGUGAAGUGGAUGGCUCCCGAGAGCAUCUUCGACAACCUCUACACCACACUGAGCGACGUCUGGUCUUACGGCAUUCUGCUCUGGGAGAUCUUUUCCCUCGGUGGCACACCCUACCCUGGCAUGAUGGUGGAUUCUACUUUCUACAAUAAGAUCAAGAGUGGGUACCGGAUGGCCAAGCCUGACCACGCCACCAGUGAAGUCUACGAGAUCAUGGUGAAAUGCUGGAACAGUGAGCCAGAGAAGAGACCCUCCUUUUACCACCUGAGUGAGAUUGUGGAGAAUCUGCUGCCUGGACAAUAUAAAAAGAGUUAUGAAAAGAUCCACCUGGACUUCCUGAAGAGUGACCAUCCCGCCGUGGCACGUAUGCGCGUUGACUCCGACAACGCCUACAUUGGCGUCACCUACAAGAACGAGGAGGACAAGCUGAAGGACUGGGAGGGUGGCCUCGACGAGCAGAGGCUGAGCGCGGACAGUGGCUACAUCAUCCCUCUGCCCGACAUCGACCCUGUUCCUGAGGAGGAAGACCUGGGCAAAAGGAACAGACACAGCUCGCAGACCUCUGAAGAGAGUGCCAUUGAGACAGGUUCCAGCAGUUCUACCUUCAUCAAGAGAGAGGAUGAGACCAUCGAGGACAUCGACAUGAUGGACGACAUUGGCAUAGACUCCUCGGACCUGGUGGAAGACAGCUUCCUGUAACUGGCAGAUUCAGGGGGGACCUUCCACUCCUGGAACCAACUUGGAUCCUUUUAAGAAAACCACUUUACUGCAAUGCAAAGUUUGAGGGGAGAACUUGGAUGAUGUGUAAAGAGAAGUUCCCAGCCAAGGGCCUCAGGGAGCCUUCUAAAUACGAAUGAAUGGGAUAUUCUGAAAUGAACUUUUUUGUUGUGGCCUCUGGCAAUGCUUCAGUAGCAUCUCAUUGGCAUGUGAAGUUUGGAGGUAGAUGGACAAGGAAAUAACGGGCCACAGAAAAGAAACUUUGUGAUUCAGGGGCAUUGGUGAGAUUCCAACGUACACAACUUUUACUGCAACAAAACUCCAGCAUUGUAAUUAUGUAAAUAACUCUAACCAAGGAUGUGUUUUGAUUUGUAUUAACUAUCUUCCCUGGACUUCUGGAGAGACCACUCAGUCCACCCAUGUACUUCAUGCUUGAAACCUGGUAUCAGCUGCUGUUGAACUUUCUUAUGAAGUACAUGCAAAACCACUUUUGAACCUUAAAAGGUACUGGUACUAUAGCAUUUUACUUUUUUUUUUUUUUUUUAGUGUUGAGGAGAUAAAAGAUAAUAAUUAACCAACUUUGUUUAUUAGAUUUGGGUCAUUUAUAAGCCCAACAACUCAUUUUCAUAUUGUAAUCUACGUUUAUAAUAAUGCUACUGUUAUCAGUAACGCUAAAUGUGUAAUAUGUAACACGUUUUCCCUACAGAAAAAGCACAA